AUGAGUGAAGAAGACAGUUAAGAAUUGGAUAGUGAAUAAGAAGAAGAAGAGGAGGAGGAAGAAGAAGAAGAAGAAGUAUAAUAACCACCAAAAGAUGAAUUUAAUGAAUUUAGAAAGUAUAAUGCUUUUUCAAGUUAUGCAUAAUUGGAAAGAGGAUAAUAAAACUAAUAAAAUUAUCAUAACCCUCUUGAAUAUUAUUAUUAAAAUAAUAUUCCAAUUCCUUAUUAACCACAAGUUAAUUAUUAUGACAAAAUUUAAAGGCAUCAGUGUUAGAUUGAUAAUGCUAAGCAUGCACUUGAUUUAUUAUAAAAUCCUAAAUCGCGGAUGUAAAAUUAUUACGACAAUUAUUACCCUCCGGAUCCUUAACAACAAUACUACAAUCCUAAUUUUUACUAGAAAGCAAACCCUCAUUAUCAACCCAAUAAUUAAUAUUUACCACCUCCUUCUCCUUAAUAAUAUAAUUAUUAAAGGAAAAGGUCAUAUGAUGAGAUUAUUCCAGAUCCCUAUCUAGAAUAAUACAAUAAUUAAAGAAGAAGGAACUCCUUUAAGGAAUAGAAUUUCAUUCCAGCAUCACAUUCGCAUUUGCCUUCUCCUCAAUAUCCAAUAUAGCAAUAAUAUCAAUAAUAAUAAUAACAAUAUUAUCCAUCUCCUUAUCAAUAUCCCAAUCAAUUCCCCCCUCAAUAGUAGUAACAUUAUUAAUAGCCUAAUCAAUAUAAUUAUCAGCAGCCUCCUUACGAUCAAUAUGACUAUUAUUAACGGUAAAACUACCCUCAAUAAGCUUAAGACAGUCUUAACAAUCCUUACCAAUAAUAGCAGAAACCUUCAAGACCUCCUUUGCCUUAAUAAAAUAGUCUGAAGGAGGACAGGAAGGCAAAUUUAUAAAAGAAUGAUGAUUAGUCAAUAGACUAGGAAUAUUUAGAAUUUAUUCGAUUUAAAGAGGCAGCGAAAAAGUAAUAAAAAAUAAUUGAUGAUAAUGAGUAUUAAGAUUUUAUUGAAUUUAAAAAAUCAAAAUUGUAAUAAUAAACAAAUAAUGGUGGCUAAGCAACCUAACAAAGGUAGGUUAAAGAAUUGUAUAAGAGGACUAAACAAAUUUCAACUGAGGAUGAAUUAAGGCCCAAAUUUAAUGAAACAAAAUUUGAAAGAAAGCCAGGGGAAAAUUACAGAUAGAAAUAUGUAGCCCCACAAUUAGACGCCAAUAUUGAGAUUCAAAAAGCAAUGGAAGUUCUAAUGAAAAAAUGA